CAGGAAGCAAGCCUGCCUGCCUGGACUGCCAGAAGUUACUCUACACUCAAAAACCUUUCCUGGGACUAGUGAAACAGUUAUUCAGCCACACUCUCGCUGAGAAGGUUUUCACACCACACUGAAACAAUGAAUUUCCUCCGGAGACGUCUCUCAGACAGUAGUUUCGUGGCAAAUUUGCCCAAUGGCUACAUGAUAGACUUGCAGCGCCCUGAUAACUCCACGAGCUCCCCGGUUUCUCCUGCCACGGAGAGAAAGCAUCUGCAGCCCCCACAGCCCUCACAUUCUUCCUCUACUGGCACCAGCAUCUUCAGCUCUAUCUCCAGUGCCAUGAAGCAAACGACGCAAGCGGCUGCAGGGCUAAUCGACCACUCAGUCAGCCCCACACCACCUCUGGCCCAGAAACCCAAGAUCCUCCUGGUGAUCGAUGAUGCACACACAGACUGGGCCAAGUAUUUCCAGGGGAAGAAGGUGAAUGGAGAAUUUGAUAUCCGAGUGGAACAGGCUGAGUUCUCCGAGCUGAACCUGGCUGCAUAUGUCACGGGCGGCUGUAUGGUGGACAUGCAGGUCAUGAGGAACGGCACCAAGGUGGUAAGAUCUUUCAAGCCGGAUUUUGCCCUGAUCCGGCAGCACGCCUACAGCAUGGCCCUGGGAGAGGACUUCCGCAGCCUCAUCAUCGGCCUCCAGUACGGUGGCAUCCACACAGUCAACUCCCUUUAUUCCAUCUACAACUUCUGCAGCAAGCCCUGGGUGUUCUCUCAGCUCAUUAAAAUCUUCAACUCACUGGGUCCUGAGAAGUUCCCCCUCGUGGAGCAAACGUUCUUCCCAAGCCAUAAGCAGAUGCUCACAACUCCGAAUUUCCCUGUGGUGGUCAAGCUGGGACACGCUCAUGCUGGAAUGGGCAAGGUCAAAGUUGAGAACCAGCAUGACUUCCGGGACGUGGCCAGCAUAGCAGCCAUGGCAAGAACCUAUGCCACCACUGAGCCCUUCAUUGAUUCCAAGUACGACAUCCGAAUCCAGAAGAUUGGCAGCAACUACAAGGCUUACAUGAGGACGUCCAUCUCUGGAAACUGGAAGGCAAACACGGGUUCCGCCAUGCUAGAACAGAUUGCAAUGACAGAGAGGUACAGACUCUGGGCGGACGCCUGUGCGGAAAUGUUUGGAGGUCUUGACAUCUGUGCAGUCAAAGCUGUCCACAGCAAAGAUGGGAAAGACUAUAUCAUUGAGGUGAUGGACAGCUCGAUGCCUCUGAUUGGGGAGCAUGUGGAAGAGGACAGACAGCUUAUAGCCGAUCUGGUUGUUUCCAAAAUGACUCAGCUUGCCACAACUGCUGGAUCUACGCCCUCACCACUGAGGCCCUGGCCUCCACAAGUUCAGCCUGCAUCAAUGAAACCUCAGACUGGACCUCAGCUUGGACAACUGUCCCAACCACGGCCUCCUCCUCAAGGUGGACCCCGCCAGCCUCAGGGAUCUCAGCCUUCACGGACAAAUGCACCUCCCCAGCAGCGGCUCUCUCCUCAAGGACAGCAGCCCCAGAGUCCCCAGUCCACUUCACCUCAGCAGCAAAGGUCACCUGGAUCUCCACAGCAAGUCCGAUCAGCAACUGGGUCCUCUCCAGUCCAGGCAUCCAAGGCAGGAGUGUUCCCUCCACAGCAGCCUAGACCUCCUGCCCAAGGCCGGGCUCCUAGCCAGCCAAGCCCCACUGAAACAUCCAAGCAACAAGCCACCCCACAUCCCCAUCUGAACAAAUCGCAGUCCCUGACAAACACCUUCAGCAUAUCUGAAUCGUCUCCACGGGGAAACACCAAUGAAGAUGAGGCAAAAGCUGAGACCAUUCGCAACCUGAGGAAAUCAUUUGCUAGCCUGUUUUCUGAUUAACAGCUCUGCGGUGGGAUCUGGGCUUUUGUCAACCCUCACUCCUCAUAUCAGCAUACCUGAUGUCACCCUGGAAUACACUCGACGGUACCCAGCGAUUUACAGCUAACACCUGGGUAAAGGGAAUUUAGAAAACUAUAGUUGUUUUAAUACCAAGAAAAUAUUCUAAACACGGUCUGAAAAGUGACUGUAUAAAAGUGGCACUAUUUCAUUGGGUUUUGUGCAUAAUCAGAAUCACAUCUGUUCUGCCCUGACUUUGAGUUGCAAAGCAAAUUUUACUCUUCCUUAUCCCUGUGGAGUCUCAGUUGUAAGAGUGCAAACUAGAUUCUAUUUUGAUUUGUAUAUAGUCAAUACAACUGCUAACUUCCAGUUACUGAAUUCUUGUUGCAAUCAAGAUUAACAACAAAAAAAAGGCUUAUUUCAGAAACAGAUGUGCAAAAGAAGUUGAGAGUAAGUGUUCAUUGACUGGCAAAGUGAGCAUGCUUGAGCAUGGAAACACAGUGAACUGUGGAACUUUGUGAUACCAACCUUAUGAAAAGUCACUUUUCAGAGCAAAACUACAUUCAAGUUAAACACAGUACCAGGCACCAGUAAGCGCCAAAGAUCACACGAGCAGGUCAUCCAGAUGGACUGUUGGCUUCUUUCAGAUCACUCUGCUCGAAGCAGAUAAAAAGUCUCUGUUUCAUGCCCUUGCAUUUAUGUCCCCUGCACGUGAUUCCUGUGUUCUGAGAGGAAAAUGUCAUGUUCUAACCCUGUAGCCUUAGCUCAAAAAUAAUCUGAGAAAUGGGCUUUCCACACAAAAUAACCCAACUUCAUUCCCUGUCCCUGGAAAACACCAGAGUUCACAUUCACAGUUCACACAAAUUCCAGACGAAACCCAGCUAAACUCCAAGCACUUUGGUGACUUGGUCACAUCUGGCUGUGUCUCCCAGGAACAUGCUUAAUUAAUAGCAGAGCUGAUGAAGUGCACAUAUUCGUGUGCUGAGUGUUCCAUAAUACCGAAUGGAUACAGAAAUGGAGCGAAAUCCUGUCCCCCUCCUUGAACUCCUGUUGACUUCACUGGAGCGAGUGCAAAAUGAAUGCAAGGUGACAAACCUGCAAUAGAACAGGAAGACUAUCCAAGAUGAGCUGGGAUCCAUCCAGAGACACCAAGCCACGGGAGGGCACUUAUGGGAUUGCUCUAAGCAGCUAAUGAUCAGUAUUAGUCCUCCCUAAGAAUUAUUCUUCCAGAGACUACAGAGAUGGACCUUUGCCAGGUGUGCUUUUCCUCUAAGCCUGCACCGCAGAAUGAAGCUAUGCAUGAGCAUCAAUACUAGACCUGGGACACGGCAAAAAGCAGGAGUGGCACAAGCUACAUACACAACUGAGAAAUAAAAACAACCCACCCUAGUUAAAUCAAUGUAUCUAUGGGUACUUCUACCAGCUGGGAACUGACACCCUGCACCAUGCUAGUUCCAUUUAUCCCACAUCUAAUGCAAGCACCAGUCCCCAUCCCACUUCCUCAACUUUUCUUCUAGGCAUUGUCAAGUACUUUAGUCACAAACCACACAUGCAGCUUCAAGACCAGACUUUUGGUUUUGUGCUUCCCUUAGGUAGCUUCAUCGUGAUGACACUUAGGAAUACCCAGUAGGGCAGGGAGGUCAGUAAGCUAAAAACAUUUGAGCCAAUGGGACAGAUCUUUGCUGUCACUUAAACCGGGAGAUCCCCAAAGAAGCAAGAGCAACAGCAGCAUUUUCCAUCUUGGACCCUAUGAUUCACUGAUGGGAAUAAAGCCAAAUUAGCAAUUCCUUCCUGCAUAGCACCUGUGAUGAACAUCUAAAUGCGAUGCAGUCAUCUGGACCUUGUGUGACCUACCCCUGAGCAGGCCCUUACACAUAUAAUGGCUUUUGAGGCCUGUGCACUUUCAGGCAAGUAACAGCAGAGCUUUUCCAGGUUGGAAGGCUCUCGAGAGACUCAUCUGGAUCAAUGAUUUAUACAUCAAGUUCAGUAUUAUAGAACCACCCUAUUCCCUGAUGACUUAUAAUUUUUGUUUUGUUUUUCUUCAGUUCUGUGUUGUCCUUACAGGUUUGCUAAGCAGUUUACAAUGUAGCAUCAUAAAUAUAUGUCAUUUUCUGAGGUAAAAAAAAAAAAAACACCAAAACAACAGACCUUGCUAUUUUGUAGUCUCCAGGAGCAAUAAAAGAGUGACAAAUGGCCCUGAGCAAGCACUGUCCCACUGGCAAGAACAAUAGUAGAUUAACAGGCUCUGCUAUAUGGAAGGGAGGUAAUACAAGCCUGGUGGGAGAGGAUUUCCUUCUGUAACACUUCCCUCAGCAUGGUUUAUACCUUUCCCUACUAAACAGUCACCAGAGAUGCAAAGACAGAAAUAAAAGUUUACUACCACUGCUUCAUCCCCUGAAUCUUUUUACGUCUCCCUCACCAACACAACCUAUACAAAAACUAAGCAACUAGUGAUUAGUACAGCAC